AUGGUUCGGGAUUUCACGGCGCUGAAGGUUAGCAGGACACUUUUGCGACUGGGUAGAGGCGCGAGCGGAGAUCGAAGUGCCAGCAAGCGGCGCAACGGAAUUGCGGGCGGAAAGCUAGCAUCCGCCCGAAACGUCCGCGCUGGUGACCGGCUACGGGUGUCUGCAUAUGUUUGCGCAUCUGUGUGCAUGACAUUCGGUCCGGACAGCCGUGAUCAGCAAGCGUCUUGCGAGGCUCGGGAACAUUACGGUCCGCUCAUCCGCCCAUUGCUUUUGGCGGCGAAGUCUUUCCGAAUGAAACAGCCGUUGCGUAUAUUUUGCGUUCUUCGUGAUUCGGACACCCAUUCAAUCUUCAACAUGCUUGUCGAGAGGCCAUUGACCAACCUCACGCCUGUGAGCCAGCAGCCAGCUGACGCUUUCAAGCUCUCCAACUCGCAAGGAUUUGAGUGGUCGCUGAGCUUCCUCACGCCAACUCUACUCAAGAUCGUCGUCGUUGGUCCAAACCAUCCUCUCCCACAACAAAGCAAUGUGCAGUGGAACAACAAGCCACUCGCCGUUUCGGCCAAGAUCGAUGCAGCCGCCAAAAAGGCAUUUCUAAGCGUAGAAGGCUUGACACGAGAAGUGACGGUUCAAUGGGACGACACACCUCUCGUUGACGUCUACGAGACCGUGCACGGUAGCAAUGAGAAGGUGCUCAUCUUUGGCGAUAGCCCACACAAGUCGUACUGCUACUCGGACAAUGGCUUCACCCGACACACCCGCUUCCAGAUGAACAACCUUCAUGUCGGUUUGGGAGAGAAGGCCGCACCGCUCGACUUGACCCGUCGAUCCUUCUCCAUCACCGGAAGUGACUCUGCGAGCUACGAUGCAUACCUCACCGAUCCGCUGUACAAGCACACUCCCUUCCUCAUGUCGCUACCCAAGCCCUUCGACGCGGAAGGCAACCGGCAGCCGUUGACCUCUGUUGUCGGCAUCUACUCGGCUUCCAACUCAGACGCCAACUGGGAUGUCGGUCGUUACAUCGACGAGCCCUGGGGUAUCUUCAAGAAGCACACACAGGACUACGGCGGUCUCGAGGAGUACAUUCUGAUCGGCGAACAAGCUCAACAGGUCGUCACGCAGUUCUCCGACCUUGUCGGACGUCCGCAGCUCGUACCACGAGAUUGGUUGGGAUACCUCGCCAGCGGUAUGGGUCUUGGUGAGAGUGACGAGCCUAUCGCACAGGAGCUGCUUUCCGGGUUCCCUGGCACCUGCAAGCACCACGACAUCCCUUGCUCGGCCAUCCAUCUCUCUUCCGGCUACACUGUCGACAACGACGGUAACCGUCUCGUGUUCACCAUGAACAAGCGUCGAUACCCCGACUUUGCAGAGAUGGUCAAGACCUUCCACAAAGCGGGUAUUCGAGUGACACCGAACAUCAAGCCAUACGUUAUGCAGAGGCAUCCACACUACCAGAAGCUGCACGACGCAGGUGCGCUCUUUACCGAUCCUAACAACGACAACAAGCCCGUCGUUACUCGAAUCUGGUCGAGCGGCAUCGGAUGCACCGAGCUCGGCUCCUGGGUCGAUAUGACCUCCAAAGCCGGUCGCGAAUGGUGGCGUCAAGGUGCGCUCGAGCUGUGCAAGCUCGGAGUCGACAGCCUUUGGAACGACAACAACGAGUACUUCUUAUUCGACGAUGCCUACAUCUGCAAGAACGAGCUCGCUGACGAUUCCAAGAGCGACGGCAACCGUACCGGUAAGCCUACGCCCAUUGGUCAUCUCGGUCGUAUGACCAACACCGAGCUUAUGGCGAGAGAGUCUUACCAUGCUCUCGCGACGCAGCAUCCUGACCGCCGACCUUUCGUCCUCACCCGAUCUGCCAACGUCGGUACGCAAAAGUGGGCUGCUUCGACCUGGUCUGGAGACAACCGUACCAGCUGGCACAACCUUCGGGGCUCUAUCGCCAUGAACCUUAACGCGCAGAUGUCGUUGUUGCAAUCGUACGGCAACGACAUUGGCGGCUUCGCUGGUCCCCUUCCUAGCCCAGAGCUGUUUGUACGAUGGAUUCAGUCCGGUGUUACCCAGCCCCGAUUCUGUAUCCACUCUUUCAAGCCUUGCAAAGAGGAUCCUACGGGUGUCAAGCUCAACAACUUGCCGUGGAUGUACCCCGAAGUCGUCGACAUCAUCCGCACCACGAUCAAGCGAAGGUACGAGAUGCUGCCGUACAUCAACAACCUCAACUGGCGCUCGCAUCUUGCUGCUGAGCCGAUGAACACCUGGCUCGGAUGGGGCGAAUUUGCCGCCGACCCAGAGGUGUACCAGAAGGAAGUUCUCGAAGGCUUCGACUACUGGGUCGGUCACGGGCAACUUCUCGUCGCCGGUGCUUACCACGAGAACGAACUGACCCGACGUGUCUACCUCCCUGCAGCUGGCAAGGAAGACACCAAGGUGUACUACGACACACACGCCCCCUUCGGCGUGUACAAAGCCGGUCAAUGGGUCGACAACGUCUCCACCCCACUCGCCCACUUUGCCGUCUUUGCUCGCGAAGGAACCGUCAUCCCCGUCGGUCUCCCCAAGAACACUCUCACCCAGUCGGAAGGAAUCGCCACUCUGACGGGUAGCGGCACCAAGGUGCUCACCGAGGAGGAAGGUGGUCAGUGUGCACACGAUGACUGGAGAGGCGUGGAGAUCUUCCCUUCGCCAGCCGAUGCUUCGAGCCCGGCCAAGUACACGUACACCUGGAUCGAGGACGACGGUGUUUCUGCGAAACCCGUCACUGCCGAGAUCAAGCUGGAAAUUUCGUCGAACAAGGAUGAGGUAUCGGUCAAGGCGACCGCUGCCAAGAACGGGUUUGCGCCGCUGUGGGGCAACACUCUCUGGGUGAUCUUGCCAAGACCCGAUGUCAGGAAGGUGCAGGGUGCGAGCAUGACUAUGAUGUACAAGGGACAGACCGCGUACGCCAUCACCGUCGCUGGGCUCUAG